CCUGGCUCAGGUUUGGUAAAUUACAAAUAAAAUGUGAACGACAGUGACUGCUGUGUGCGCUUCUUUUUCAUAGUCGCUUUACCCAAAAGGCGCAGACAAGCGGGCCAAGUUUUUGAGGAGAAGAAAAAAGAGAAAAUGGUGAACUUUACGAUGGACCAGCUGCGGUCCGCCAUGGACCACCGGACCGGUAUCCGGAACCUGGCAGUGAUCGCCCAUGUUGACCAUGGCAAGACCACUUUGACCGACUCAUUGUUGGCUAAAGCUGGGGUGAUCAACACUGACCAGGCUGGAGACAAGUGUGCCAUGGACACCAGGAAAGAUGAGCAGCUUAAGGGCAUCACCAUCAAGUCCACUGCCAUUUCCCUACUGUAUGAGGUAGACCCAAAGUUAUUCCCGACCGGAUCAGAAGCUGGCCUGAAGGAAUGCAUUGUCAACUUGAUCGACAGCCCGGGUCACGUGGAUUUCUCCUCCGAGGUGACGGCCGCGCUGAGGGUAGCUGAUGGUGCCCUGGUUGUGGUGGACAGUGUUAGUGGUAAAUGUGUGCAGACAGAGACAGUUCUACGCCAGGCUUUGGCCGAGCGAGUCCGUCCAGUCCUCAUGCUCAACAAGCUUGACCGCUGUGUAAUGGAGGUGCAACUUGACCAUGAAGAACUUUACCAAUCUCUCUGCCGGACUAUCCAAGCCAUCAACAGCACUGUUGAAAUGUACGGCCAGCCUGAUGUCAUGGGGAAACUCACGCUUGAUCCCUCUCUUGGUAAUGUGGCAUUUGGAUGUGGUCUGCAUCGUUGGGGUUUCACACUGCGGAGCUUUGCACGUCUCUAUGCUGCCAAGUUUGGUCUCCCUGAGGAAAAAAUGAUGCGUAGGUUGUGGGGUGAACAAUUCUACAACCCUGGUACUAGAAGCUGGAACAAGAUUGGUGGAGAAGGAUAUGUCCGAGGCUUCAACAUGUUCGUCCUGGAACCACUCUACACUAUGCUGAGGACUUUGAAGACUUCAGAAAAGAAAGAAAUCUUUAGACUGACAGACAAGAUUAAUAUUCAGCUGUCAGCUGACGAGAGGGAAGAGAACGGAAAACCUCUCAUGAGGAAGGUCAUGCAGAAAUGGCUGCCUGUUGCUGAUGCUUUACUGGAGAUGUUUGUUGUCCACCUGCCAUCACCGCAGACUGCACAGACAUACCGCACAGAUCUCCUGUAUGAGGGACCUAUGGAUGAUGAUGCUGCUGUCGCGAUGAAGCACUGUGAUCCUAAUGGACCAUUGAUGCUGUAUGUUUCCAAGAUGGUACCCACAUCAGACAAAGGACGGUUCUAUGCAUUUGGCCGUGUCUUCUCUGGUACAGUGACCACUGGCCAGAAGGUCCGCAUCAUGGGGCCAAAAUACGAACCAGGCAACAACAAGUCAGCUGACCUCUUCAUAAAGGGCAUUCCAAAGACAGUGGUAAUGAUGGGUGCUGGGACCAUGGCGGUGGACGACGUACCCUGUGGAAAUACAGUAGGGCUAGUAGGACUAGAUAAAUACUUGAUCAAGUCUGGUACAGUCACAACUUACGAUCAUGCCCACAACAUGGCUGUGAUGCGCUUCUCUGUCAGUCCUGUUGUCCGGGUGGCCGUUGAUCCCGUCAAAGCAGCUGAUCUCCCAAAACUGCUGGAAGGUCUACAGAGACUGACUAAGUCUGACCCAAUGGUGCAGUGUAUAUCAGAGAAUGGUCAACACAUUGUGGCAGGAGCAGGAGAGAUGCAUCUGGACAUCUGUUUGAAGGAUCUGGAGAAUGACCAUGCUUGUAUUCCAAUCAUACGUUCAGAUCCUGUGGUCACUUACAGAGAGUGUGUGACAGAGCAGUCAGAUCGUGUGUGCCUGGCCAAAUCUCCAAACAGGCUUUGUCGGUUAAUGAUGACUGCAGAACCAUUAGAUAAUGGUCUGGCCCAGGACAUAGAAGAGGGAAAAGUCAAGGCUACACAGGACGUACGAGAGCGGGCACAUUACCUAGCCGAUAAAUACAGCUUUGACAAACAGGAGGCAAGGAAGAUCUGGUGUUUUGGUCCCAAUAAUAAUGGCCCCAACAUGUUGGUGGAUGUAAGCAGGUCUGUACAGUAUCUACAGGAACUCCGAGAUGUAGUCAAGGUUGGCUUCCAGUGGGCAUCUCAGGAAGGAGUGUUAUGUGAAGAGAAUAUGCGUGGUGUGCGGUUCAACAUAAAGGAUGCCAACAUCCACAGCGACCCUGCCCACAGGCGUACAGGCCAGAUCCUGCCCGCCACUCGACGAUGUAUAUUGGCGUCCUACCUCACAGCAGCACCCAGGGUGAUGGAGCCAGUCUACUUGGUGGACAUUAAGGCACCCACUCAGGUAAUAGGAGGUGUGGCUAGUGUUCUAGCCCAGCGGCGAGGACGUGUUGUUGACCAACAGCAGGAUGACGGCACACCCAUGGUCACCCUUAAAGGAUUCAUACCAGUCAAUGAGUCUUUUGGUUUUACUGAGCUGCUGCGUAGUGUGACUGGCGGUCAAGCUUUCCCUCAGUUGGUAUUUGACCACUGGCAGGUUCUCCCUGGAGACCCACUUGAUGCUAAGUCCAAGGCCGGAAUGAUUGUCAAGGCCACAAGAAAGCGGAAGGGCUUGAACCAAGAGAUACCAGCACUGGAAAAUUUCCUGGACAAGCUAUGAAGGACAUAGGAAAUCCUGUUUCGUUGUGCUAUUGAAGACACAAACUUUCGCUCCAUGUAUCUAGCAUGAGAAGUUUUCAGUUUUGGAAAUUUGUUUGGAUUUCAUUAUGACCGACAAUAGCAAAAUAUUUUAUUAGUAAAGAAAUAAAAGCAAAAUAUUUAACUAGUAAAGAAAUAAUAAGUAAAACAUUGAGAUCAUAGUAUUUGAAAUGGAAAAAUUAAUGAAAAAUCAUCCCAUGGUAUCAGGUUAAAAAAAUGAGUAUUAUUUCAGAACAAAGAUUGUUGACAAAUAAACAAAAGCUCAGAAGAGUAUUG